AGGAUCAGGUUUGGUCGCCGCCCCGGGAGGCUAUAUAGAGCGGCGGAGCGGUGCUGGCAUGUUACUCCUGCCGGUGCUGCGACAAUGGAAAGGCGAUCCGUGCUCCUGCUGGCGGCGGUGGUGGUGGUGGUGGCGUUGGCUGACAGUGUGGCUGCCACUUGCCCCAGUGAGCAGCUGCUCCCGUACGGCGCCUGCGUGAAGCUGAUCAACAGGGUGCUGACAGGAGACAACCGCAAGAACUGGGAGGAAUCGAACGAGAUAUGCAAGACGGAAGGUGGUCAGCUAAUUUCCCUCGACACCCCGACCAAGAUAGAGCAGUUUACAGCUCAUGUCUACGGCCUGGGAGGCGACUGGUCCCACUACACUCACUGGGUUGGUGCAAGGAAGACUGAGUCAGGCUGGCGCUGGCUGAACGGAGCAGAGCUGUCCCUGGAGUCCAACAUGUGGUACCCAACUAAUCCCGAAGACAAUGCGAGCGCGACCUACGCAAUUCUCGCCCCGUACCGAGACCACCAGCGCUUCUACAUCUUUAGCAGGAAAGCCACUGAUCUCUCCCCGGUCAUCGCGUGUGAGAUAAACUAAGUCUUAAUAAAGGACCACAUUUUGAAGCACUUCCUGCUCUAGCUAAAGUGAUACGAGUCUUUAAGGGUGUUUUUUUUUUAUGGUUUUAAUGACAAAUUAGCAAGGUGUCUACAUUAUGAACAGGAGAAACACUCUUGAGGACCCAGCCAGUCAUCUCUGUGACCUUUGAAAAUAGUCGUUGGAGAGAGAGCAAAGUGUUUCUGAAUGCGGGCCGAAGUCCAGCCUCUUGUUAACUAGCUGGGAAUAUUUUGGAAUAAGCGAUAUGUGUGUGUGUUGCCUCAGCGGUGUUUGGGAUGGAGGCCCGCGUAAAGUGUUGAUAGGCAUUGAAGAAUAGUUUGUUGUGUGUUUAGUUAAUAAACUUAUCUAUCUGUGGUAACUUUCCCCGUGGGUUUAAUAAUUAAUGAUGCCCUGAUGUGUUAGGAUUGGAUUUUCUCUUGUUUUAUCAGAUUGUUGUGGAAUAUAUGUUGUUGUUA